ACAGGAGUCGGAUCCCUUUGCUCUUGAAACAGCUCUCUGGCUGCAAGAAAAUCCUAUCAGAUGUGUUACCAAGCAAAUUGAGAUUUCCAGUCCCUCCGGGCCAGUGUGGCAAGCAUCUUCUACUCCCUGGGAGCUGCUUUGUGCUUUUGGCACUUUCUACCUGGGAUGGAGCAGAGCAUGAAACAGACUACUGAGGUCCUGCUCCAUCUGGCACCUGCUGAAGUUGCCAACCUCAAGGAAGGAAUCAAUUUUUUUCGAAAUAAGAGCACUGGCAAAGACUACAUCUUAUACAAGGAUCAGAACCACCUGAAGGCAUGUAAGAACCUGUGCAAGCACCAAGGAGGCCUGUUCAUCAAAGAUAUCGAGGACCUGGACGGCAGGUCUGUUAAAUGCACAAAGCACAACUGGAAGUUAGAUGUGAGCACCAUGAAGUAUAYUAACCCUCCAKGGAGCUUCUGUCAAGAUGAGCUGGUUGUUGAAAUGGAUGAAAACAGUGGACUUUUACUUCUAGAACUAAAUCCUCCUAACCCCUGGGAUUCAGAUCCCAGGCCCCCUGAAGAUUUGGCUUUUGGGGAAGUGCAGGUAACGUAUCUCACCCACGCCUGCAUGGACCUCAAGUUGGGAGACAAGAGGAUGGUGUUUGACCCUUGGCUAGUGGGUCCCGCCUUUGCCCGAGGAUGGUGGCUGCUGCAUGAGCCUCCCUCCGACUGGCUGGAGAGGCUGUGCCGGGCAGACCUGGUUUACAUCAGCCACAUGCACUCGGACCACCUGAGUUACCCGACACUACAGAAGCUUUCCCAGAGACGACCGGAUGUUCCCAUUUAUGUUGGCRACACGGAAAGACCAGUGUUUUGGAAUCUGAAACACAGCGGGGUCCAGUUGACUAACAUCAACGUAGUGCCGUUUGGAGCAUGGCAGCAGGUAGACAAAAAUCUUCGAUUCAUGAUCUUGAUGGAUGGCGUUCAUCCUGAGAUGGACACUUGCAUUAUUGUGGAGUACAAAGGUCACAAGAUACUCAACACCGUGGACUGCACCAGACCCAAUGGGGGAAGGCUGCCCGUGAACGCUGCUCUGAUGAUGAGUGAUUUUGCUGGAGGAGCAUCAGGCUUUCCAAUGACCUUCAGCGGUGGAAAAUUCACUGAGGAAUGGAAAGCCCAGUUCAUUAAGACAGAGAGGAAGAAGCUGCUGAACUACAAGGCUCAGCUGGUGAAGGACCUGCAGCCCCGRAUCUACUGUCCCUUCGCUGGGUAUUUUGUGGAGUCCCACCCAWCAGACAAAUACAUUAAGGAAACAAACAUCAAGAAUGACCCAAAUCAACUCAACAACCUUAUCAAGAAACACUCUGAUGUGCUCACGUGGACCCCACGGCCUGGAGCCACCCUUGACCUGGGCAGGGUGCUGAAGGACCCAACGGACAGCCAGGGCAUCGUGGAGCCUCCAGAAGGGACCAAGAUCUACAAGGAUUCCUGGGACUUCCAGCCAUACCUGGACGCCCUGCRUGCUGCAGUCGGCGACGAGAUCUUUCUGCACCCAUCCUGGAUAAAAGAAUACUUCACCUGGGCUGGAUUUAAGAAUUAUAACCUGGUGGUCAGGAUGAUCGAGACGGAUGAGGACUUCAACCCCUUUCCUGGAGGGUAUGACUACUUGGUGGACUUCCUGGAUUUAUCCUUUCCUGAAGAAAGACCCAGCCGGGAGCAUCCCUAUGAGGAGAUUCGCAGCCGGGUGGACGUCAUCAGGCACGUGGUGAAGAACGGGCUCCUCUGGGAUGACCUGUACAUAGGGUUCCAGACCCGGCUGCAGAGGGACCCCGACAUAUACCACCACCUGUUUUGGAAUCAUUUUCAAAUAAAACUGCCACUGACGCCACCCAACUGGAAGUCCUUCCUGAUGCACUGCGGUUAGAGGGACUUGGGACUUCUCAGGGAUGCCAGACCACAUGAAGAAUUCGAGAAUUUACCUGCUCCACCUUGAUACAGGUUCAUCCCAGAGAAACUACGCUUUAUCACAUAAGCAUCGGAUGUCAUGCUGCCUUCGUGAGAUGUUUACAAAACUUGUGGAUCACUACGCAGAUACGCAAAUAUAUUUUUCUGGGGGUGUUGCUCAGUGCCAGAUUAUAUGCUUAGAUGCAUGAAGUACUGGGUUCCUAUAUAUAUAUAUAUAUUAUAUAUAUAUAUAUAUAUAUAUAAAUCUCACCCAUAAUUCUCAAUAGAAGGAAACAAUGAAUCCAAAAGGAACAAGCCCUGUAUGCAAAACAAGGCCUAACAAAUUGAGAUAUGAAUCCAAGCAUAGAAGAAACAGGAAAAAUAAAGUUUUUUAAAAAUUUAAAUUUUCAAAAAAACUCAAUUUCCUGAAACAGUGAGUAACCCUCUUCUAAACCCUUAAAAACAUUGUUUCAAAUGGUGCAAAUGGGCAACUGAUUUGACUGUUUUUGUUAAUGACUGUAGAUUUUUAUGAUAUUCAUAUAAUUAUUUAGGACAUAGAAAUUAAUUUCUAGAAAAAUACGAUUGUUAGGUAGAUUUCUGUCUUAUGUGUUGAUGUUUCCAAUGYACAUCACUGAUUUGAAAAAUCAAAACCUGUUUUUUGAUUGUAUAUUCUACCUCUUUAAUUCUUAAGAUUCCAGAAUGUGGUGGAAUUUGUCUCCUUAAAUCUUGGCAAUUGCAACACUGGUCGUCUGCUUCCUAUUGACACCAAUAGAGCUUGAUUCUUCUGGUUGACCUCACAUAUUUUGCAGAGCAGAAAUGUUUGGAAUCCAGGAAAAUUUUUGUGUGAUUUACACUAUAUAGUAAUAUAUUCACUUAUCACUAAAAAUAA